ACAUUGACUGCUGCUGUGAGCGAGAGAAAUUUAUCCCGGACCCCUUGCCUUGUAUUCUUUCUGUAACAUAAAAGAUAUCAGCUAUGUAUGCCUGUGCUAAGUUUGUGACCUCACCUGCUGUGCUGCGUGGGGGGUCCAGGGUCCUCGCCCGGCCAGUCUCCGUCUCCGUCUUUAACAGACCCGAAGCCAGAAGUGAGCAGCAGGCCCUGUUGCCCGUCUGUGAGGCGUCCAUUCUGACCCGGGGACUCCAGACCAGCGCCGUGUCCAGAGACAUUGACACUGCCGCCAAGUUCAUUGGCGCUGGCGCCGCCACAGUGGGAGUUGCUGGAUCAGGGGCUGGAAUCGGGACAGUGUUCGGCAGCUUGAUCAUCGGUUAUGCCAGGAACCCUUCUCUGAAGCAGCAGCUGUUCUCAUACGCCAUCCUGGGCUUCGCCCUGUCUGAGGCCAUGGGGCUCUUCUGUCUCAUGGUGGCUUUCCUUAUUCUGUUUGCCAUGUGAUUUGCUGUCGCCCUGUUCCUUGUCACCUCCCUCCACCUGGGCAGUCGGAACUGAUGUGCAUCCCGCCGGGCCGUGGCAUCGCCAUUCCAAAAAAUGAAAAUCCUACCUUUUUUAUGUUUUGCUUUUUUGUUCCUCAAGUUCUCAAAGAUCUUGGUUUAGACGGUCUGUCUGAAUAAAAGGUUGG